AUGUCACUGAAUUCGCGAUAUGUCAACAAUAGCUUAUACAAGAGUCAUCAAGAAAAUUUAAAUUAGAUUAUAGAACAAUAUUGUGAUUAAGCGAGUGCUAAUUCUACGGAGUGCGAUUAAUAAUUUUAUGAGGGAUUCAGAUUUGAGGUAGCCCAUUAAUAAAUAUGUACACUUUUCCAUUUAUUUAGCUGACCUCAUAUCUUAGGUUGAGAGAAGUUCGAAGCUGGAUGAAGGGAAGAGAUAGUUAUCAACAUAAAUAUUGAGUUAGGCACAGUAGAUUCUUAAGAAUUACAGUUCUUAGGAAUGCUAAAUAAAGAUUAAGAUUACUCAGUCAUUGUUCAAUCUACAAAGAGAUACCAUAAGGACUAUCUAAGAAGUGCAUGAGGCAUUCAGUUUAUUAGAAUCAAUCAAAUGGCCAUGCAAAGGACCUGCUAAUAAGCAGUAUGAUAAACAAUUGCGUGCGUUGGAAAAGAUGUGCUAUUUCUGGGAAUAAGUGUUGAUGUUGGAAAACAGAACUACGAGUACAAUUUCUACAAAUGAAUUUAAAUAACGUUUAAAUUAGUGGUUUGAGUAAUUCACAAAUGAGAUCAGGACUAAGAAUUUCGAAAACUUAAAAAAAUCGAAAAAAGGAUAUUUAGAUACGUAAUUGAGAAAUGCCCAUGAAAUGUACGCAGGUUUGGGAAUAGAGAAAAAUAGAGACAGUGCUUUGCAAAUAUACAAAAGAUUGUCAGAAGAGAGCCACCCAAUCGCAUAGGCAAUAAUGGGAUAGAUAUUGAUGGAUGGAGAACUAGUAGAAAAAGAUUAUGAUCAGGUAAUGAAUUAUAACACCACUUGUGGUAGGCUUUUAACUACUUUAAAUUGAGUGCAGACCAAGGACAGACAUUUAGUGUCUAUUGGGCAUCCAGAUUGAUAUUAGUAAUAAAUAACAAGUAAUAUUUUAGGAAGAGAAAGUUUUUGACAAAUUUUUUGAAAAAGACGAACAAUAGAGUAGGAAAUCAAGUGUGACAACAAUCAAAACUAAGGAUUGUGAUUUAGCUAUCAAACUACUAAGGAAAGCAGCAGAAUUGAAUCACGUGCCUUCAAUGAUAUAUUUAGGUGAUUUGUACACCUCAGGUUUGUAGUUAUAAAAUUGUAACAAUAAUAAUUUUAAAUAUUAAUGAUAGACUCUUUGGAAAAAGACUACUAAGAUGCUGAGUACUUUUAUAAGUAAGCUCAAAAAAAAAAUUCAGUGGAGGCUACCUAUAAAUUAUCUUUGUUGUAUCAAGAAAUGAGCAAAUAAAGUUUAAAUAAAGUAAGUAGAUAAUUUAUACACAAAUAGAAUAGAAAGCAAUUAAUUCUUCCAUUACUCAGUCAAGCCAAGAAUCAAGACUAUUUACCAGCAUUUUACGAUCUUGGAAUGAUGUUGUUAAAUGGUUUAGGGGAGGAAUUGCAGGCCAACCCUAUAAUGGCUGACUUAAUCUUCGAAUAAGGUGCAUUUAAAGGUGAUUUUAAGUGUGCCAAAAAAUUACUUAAUCUUCGUUUUCAAAAUUUACAGAGAGAAGAAGGUUAGAUAACUGAUUUUCUAUCUCUGAUGGAUUAGUUGGAAGAUAUUUUGAAGGAUCAAUCUAUUAUAAAUUAUAUGAGAGGGAAGAUUCACUAUAAAGGGAUAUCAUGUGAGAAAAAUUUAUAAAAGGCGGUCGAAUAAUUUAGGUAUUUGAAUGAAAUGAAAAUAGAAUAGGAUCAUGGAGGGGAUGUCUAAAAUGCAAAGCUCAAUUAGAGAAGAUAUUCAAAGACAAGGAGGAUUUGCCAACCAGCUCACAAUAGUCAUCACUUCAGAAGCUAAAUAUUUAAGGAGGGUUUAUCGAUUAAGUCAAAUUGAGUGAUUAGAGAAAAGCAUAUCAAAUACAGAAAGGAAAGGUUUCCUUAAAUAAUAAGUCGAUUCCUUUUGAAUAGGAGAAUCAAUCAACUAGACAGGAUAGACAUACAAUAAUGACAAUCAGUAUAGUUAAACCAAAUGAAGUCAAUGAUCCAGACAGAAAUCGAGGGGGAUCCGAAUACAAUAGUAUCAAAAGGGGAGAAAGCGGUGUCAUGCUUUCCUAAUUAAAACUACAAAUUCAAUCACCCUAAUAAUAAUCAUCUACAAGAUUUGAACAAUAACAACAGUCUUAAUAUGGAUCUCCUCGUCAACCCUCGUUAAUUAACAUCUCUUCAAAUUCUUCUAAGAAAGAUCGCUUUAAUUUUAGCAAAUUGCCUAGCCAUUCAUCUAUUAAUUCUUCAAAAUAUCUAUUUAACUAACCUUGA